UGGAAGGGUUUUUGACAGCGUGAAUCUCUUGAAUUUGCGACUGCGACAGCGCGGAACAGCGCCGGUCAGAGAACAGCGGUCAAGAGACAUAGCACGAACAUUUGCAUCCCGGAACAACUCCAGAUAAAGAAUCAACGGCCCUGGGACCAUCGUAGCCUAUCGUAUCUAGUUUUUAGAGUUGUAUUGGUGUGCCGGUCGACGCACGGAAAGUGUCCCGCCGAGAAGGAGAGUGUCGUUGGCCACAGGGAUAACGGUUUGCGAACCCACGGAAGCUCGACACUGCACAAAGGAUCAACACAGCAUGAGCGGAAAGCACGAAUUCCGUUCUCAAUUGGCGCAAUCCACGCAAAGGCGGCAGGACCAGUCUCGUGAAAGCGGGAACGACCAGGUAAACAACGGAUCGAGACGGUAUGCCAGGCAGAGCUGGCACGGCGAACAAGAGGCGCAGGAGGGCUGGGACGACUAUGAUGCAUAUCCAGAUAGGCGAAAGUCAGAAGGCUACGGUGUACUACCGCCGCCACGCCCUCGCUAUUUGGAUCCACCAGUUUCCGAGAUACAUCCCGACCCCGCAUUAGAAGCCGACAUUCAAAGCCUUAUGGCCAUGCCCGCCUUCCGCAAAGGCGUCCAAGAAAUCAAGGAUGGCGUUGUAGGGUUUACAUCCACCAAUCCAACGCUUGAGGAAGGGCGUAUCGACAUCCAAAAUCCAUCCGCCUAUCUCAAUUUCUUCGAUGAGUAUCCGGGCGAGAUUCAUCAAAGUCUCCUAGUGGACCAGGAUAGCCGGACGAGGCGCUGGGUGGGAGGAGUCUGGUCGGAAGAAUUGAAAGGGGACAGGGCGGCUUUUGAAACAUAUACCACGUUGAGAGCACGACAGGAGCAGGUUUAUGCGAUUGCGACCGUAAAGCAGGGAAUAGAAUCAUUCCUCCAACUUGAUUUCGACAGAGCAUUACGGAAAUUCGAAACUGCGCUAUCGCAUGAUCCCGACUGCGUGGAGGCAUACGUAGCUCGGGGCGCGCUAUACGCUAAGCAGGAGAAGUACAAAUCCGCGGUAUCCGACUUCAAAAGCGCACUAGAGCUUGAUCCGAGUCAUUCCAACGCAAACACCUAUCUCCGCAUGACCCAACGGAAAGUUGCUGAGAUUGAGAGAGAGAAGGAGAGCGCGGCUGCGGGGGAGUUCUUGAUGCCACUGGACUACGAUCCAAAACGCGAGUCGUUGUCGGCAGUCAGCGACCCAUCAUUCCGUGGCAGAACGAGUUACGCUGCUACGGCUUCCUCAUCUGCACAGGGCGUUGGGAAUGGGGCGGAUCCGGAUUACGGGUCUCGCAAGAGGGCGAAAAGUGGAGAUGUAGACAGCGAAAGGAAGAAAAAGAAGAAAGAAAAGAAGAAAAAAAGUAAGAAGCAACGUUGGAGUGACAGUUCGUCGGGUCCGGAAUGAGGUUCCGCGGCGGCAUUUGAGGUGUUGGCUAGUGUGUGUGUUUGUAUACACGCGCAAUUUCAGACUUGGUGUAUAGGUCUCUUUUGGAAUGUUGGCGUAUGGCUCCAGCUCUAGACCUGCAAGGGGACUCUCCUUCGAAGAAACUCAUAAUGAAGAAGUGAGUGAUCCAAAAUCAU